AUGAAAGAUAUUAUUGCACAAAGACUUGAUGAAAAGUGGGAUACAGUUAUUUUAGACGGUACGAAGCCACCAAUCAACAAGCAUUUACGCAAAAAAUUAAAUAGUAUUCGGAAAAGCGGCUAUCUACCACCACCACGAUUGAUUCAACUGCACCAAGUACCGGUGGACCCACCUCACAUUCGUGCCAAAAAAGGAAUUACUGAUGACUCAAUAAGUAACCAAAUAAAUUAUUUGACAUUAACUAAUGAUAUUUCACCUGAAAAAAUUGAUCCAGUUUUAACUUAUUCCACGCCAGUUAAAGUGGAUCAAUCAAUUAUUGUUUUAUCGCCAUCGACUAACCAUCCAUCAAUAAACGAUAAUAUGUUACCAAUCAUGAAUGACUGUCAAGGAAACGACAUGAAACUGGUUUGUGGCGACGAGAAUGUUAUAGACGACGAACCAAUGGAACAAUAUGAUGUUGAAGACAGUUAUUUGGAAAAUUUAAAAGAAGAGAUUGAUGUUUUAGUGAAACAAUUGGAUGUGCGAAUGAUCACAAUGCAGGCCAGAAUUGACAAGACAACUCGACAACUCACACAAAUGCACCAAGACUUCGACGAAUUAGUUAUUAUGAAACAAAAGACAAUCAGCGAAUUCAAUCAAAAAGUAAAAGAACAUGAAAAUAAGAUCAAGAAACCUGAUACAACUCGAAAAUCUUUAAAAAGAAUGAAACAAGCAACCAAGAUUAGUCGUCGAAAAUAG